AUGGCGUCUACAGAAGACUUGUCCAGUGAUGCCCUCUUGUUACGGUACCGCCCCAGCAGUAGAAGGAAAACAACAUAUGGCCAUAUGAAUGACUGGAUGAGAAUGGCGAUGGACCAGAGCUCGGGAGCCGGGACUGGGGUCCCUCCCACACUAACUGACAAUAACUGGCAACAAUUCAAAUCGCCUGCUCAGAAAAAAGAAGAAUCUGAGAUGAAUUACAGAAGAACAUACGCAGAUCUGACGUCAAAGAUUGCUUACAGAUAUCCCAAUCCUGGGGCUCCAAGACUACGACAGGGCCGAAUAGGUGGUACCUGGAGACACAUUAAGGAAGUGCUUGGACACGGGGGGAGUAGGGUGUGUUAUGUUGAUGGUCUUAUACGAGUAUAUGACGACGUUAGUUUUAAUACGAGGUUGCAUUCAGCGUCAUCACAACGACAUCAUCUACGUAAUGCUCAGCAUUCCUGGGAGAAUCCAUCGAAUGUACAACUGCCGCCAUUAAGUAAAAGCAUGGGACAAGUAUCUUUUGAAGACCCCGACGUAGCUAGGAAAAUCAGACUGUCAUCUGCUCAAAAAUACAAAGGAUUUUACAAGCAGAAUUGAGGGUUACCUCCCUUCCCCUUCAUAAUCAAACACUACUUUUACC